AUUCUGGAAGCUGAUCGUGUACUGUUACACAUCCACGCUUUUAAUAGCGAUCCUGUAUUCUACACCAUUCCGAUCGGAGUGUCGACAAAAAUACCGAUAUUUACAUUGGAAGACAAAACGAAGGAGAUGAGCGUUUUUCUCGGAGUUGAACAAGAAAAUGCGAAGACCUUUGUGGGUUUCUGGAGUUCACUGUGCCAAUUAAAUGAGAAGUCGUGGCAAAAAUGGGUUCACAUGCAUGCAGAAAGAGUAGUAUUGAGAAGCUCAAACCUACCGUUUAAUAUGUUUGGGCUCAAGAAUGAUAUUGAUUGUCGCGUCGCUGAGGACAAGCUGCAUGAUCUACUCAGAGAACAGAGUUCAUUUUGUCUCGUGCAAAAACAGACUUAUGUGACCUUUGUUUACGGAAAGAAUAGCGAUGUGCCAGUGUACUUCUACAUGAUCAAAGUGACGCUAGAGGCGCCAUGU